AUUCGGGCCACUGCCUCACUGCCUUUGUUCCUGGAUGGGGUGGUUGCUUACCAACCAGACAUUUCUUUGUCCUCAUCCCCAGCCUUAUCGGAACGUUCGACCCUGGCGCUGGCCAACAACGGGGUUUAAAAUCUGGCCCAGUGUCCGUGUCCAUCUGCCAUUCCAACGUACAUCCUCGUCCGCACAGACUCGGGACUCCGCAAUGGCUUCGAUUCUCAUCACUGGCGCCUCCAGGGGCUUCGGCCUCGCCCUCGUGCGCGAACUCUCCUCCCGCCCCGCCGCCCAGGUCAGCAAGGUCUUUGCCGCCGCGCGGGGCGACUCCCCGGCCUUGAAGGAGGUGGCUGCUGCCUCGUCCGGACGGGUUUCGGUCGUGCGGCUCGACGUGACCGACGAGCCGUCCAUCAAGAGCGCCGCUGCCGAGGUCGAGGCCCAGCUCGGGGGCAAGGGGCUGGACGUCCUGAUCAACAAUGCCGGCGUCUGCCAAUACGCCGGCGACGGGGUGAAGUCCAUGGAUAACCUCGAAGAGAGCUUGGCCAUCAACGUCUUUGGUGUCCACAGGGUGACUCAGGCGUUCCUCCCCCUCUUGCAACGGGGCUCUCUCAAAAAGGUUGCCAACAUUACUACCUCACUCGGCUCCAUCACGCUGGCGGCUGCGGCCCACUACCUGCCGGCCCCGGCCUACAAGAUCUCCAAGGCAACCCUGAACGCGCUCACUGUCCAGUACGCCCUGGACUAUGAGAAAGAGGGCUUUGCCUUUGUGGCGAUUGCUCCCGGCUGGCUGAAGACCGAUCUUGGCGGCGGUGACAUGGCCGAUCUGACCCCCGAGCAGGGGGCCAAGGCCUCGCUGGACAUCCUGUUCCGCCCCAACGCUGAGAUCAACGGGCAGUUCCCCAAGGUGUUGAUCCCCGGAUGGGAGAAGGCCAAGGGGCCCAACGUCUACGACGGCACCAAUGUCCCCUGGUAGGAUGGAUUCCCAUGGCAGUGUCAGAUGGACAGUGGCAUUCAAGGUCCAGUAGGGGGGACGUGUCGCAUGCACAUUCUAUAGCACAAUACAAGGAAAUAAAAUCAGGCGGGGGUCAAAGCUUCACACCCUUUUUAUCAAAUUGUACAUUACUGGUGCCGGGGACCGGAGAGAUCUAGUAAAACCUGAGAAGCUGAAUAGAUUCAGAAUCAACCCAGCCUGCCCAAUUUCUAGAAGAUAACUCCUGGGAUCGGUUGUGGACAAGGCAGAUUAUAGGUGGUGAGUUCUGACCCUACAGUAUACAGUGGCCGUUCAUUAGGGUUUGGACUGUGGUACUCUUCUGUCCUACACCGUCUUCCUUUACCGCCUGCUUUUAUUGUCUGCUUACUACCUUACUUUGUAGCAUAAACACUUACGCGCUAACGCGUUAUUAUCAAGAUUACACUAC